UACGCGCCGGUUUUGUGCUGCUUUCUUGUUCAUGUAUGUCGAAGAAAUACUAUGGAUUAGCUACAUGCGGCUAACGCGAAAUCGACAGCAUGCAGCGGCAUUUGACUUUUAAAUGAGUCAUUUUGUAGGACGACGUGAUAAAAGUAAAAAAUCUCAAUAACGGACACAUCUAUACUAGGUCGGCUGCUGUGAUAUCACAAAAUGACGUUUGACAAAACCUUGAGUCGUAUGUCAUAUACAAAAGGUUUAAGUAGACAGUUCCAGCAAUGGAAAAGUGAGAUAUAAGUGUUCCAAAGUGGGCCGUGGCAAUGGUGGACCACAGCGAUGUCAGUCUGCCGCCUGAGGAGCGCGUUCGCAUCCUGACCAAGAAGGGGAGCUCGGUUGACAUCAGUGAUGAGGUGCCACCGCGCCGAUACUUCCGCUCGGGUGUGGAGAUGAUCCGCAUGGCCAACAUUUAUGCGGAAGAGGGCAACAUUGAACGGGCCUUCGUUCUGUACAACAAGUAUAUCACGCUCUUCAUCGAAAAACUUCCCAAGCAUCGGGAUUACAAAACAGCUAAUAUUCCAGAGAAGAAAGAAAACCUCAAGAAAUUGAAGGAUGUGGCUUUUCCUCAAGCUGAAAUCCUAAAGAAAGCACUUCUCAAAAGAUUUGAACAAGACUACGCUCAGUAUUGUGUCAAGAAGAAAGCAGAAGAGGAGGCUCAGGCUCUGCAGCAGUCCCAUCAGCGGGCACUGAACGCCGAACGGGAGCGUGUGGCCGAGAUGCAACGGCGGCAGCAGGAACAGGAACAGUUCAGUGCCUUUGAGGAGAUGAUCCGACGCCAGGAUUUGGAGCGAGAGCGCCAACGUGUUCUCCUGGAGUUCGCUGAGCCCUCCGCACCUUCCCCAGACACACCACUCAUCCCGGGCAUUCAGGGCCCGCCUGUCAUCUCACCCACACCGCCGCACAGUCCCAGGGAUUCGUCUGAGAACCAUCCUCCGUCCUCUUUAGCGCCGCCGAGCUUCGACCGCUCUCUUAAGCCUGGUUCUCUCGUCAGCCCCGGGAACAACGAUCUGACGGUGGAUGCUCUCCGCCAGUUGUUGGUGCCAUUGGAACUGUGUCGGAGUUUUCUGCGGUUGGCUGAGGCCAACACCAGCCGCGCUGUUGAAACCUGCGGUAUCCUCUGCGGGAAACUGACCAGAAAUACAUUCACCGUGACACACGUCAUUGUUCCCAAGCAGUGUGGUGGUCCCGACUAUUGCGACACGGAAAACGAGGAGGAGCUCUUCCUCAUACAGGACCAGUAUGAUCUCAUCACCUUGGGCUGGAUCCAUACUCACCCAACCCAGACAGCGUUCCUAUCCAGUGUGGACCUUCACACACACUGCUCAUACCAGAUGAUGCUGCCUGAGGCCAUUGCCAUCGUAUGCUCGCCCAAGUUCAACGAGAUCGGUUACUUCAGACUGACAGAUCGGGGAACCAAUGAGAUCUCCUCGUGUAAGCAGAAGGGCUUUCAUCCUCACAGUAAAGACCCACCUCUUUUUACACACGCCAGCCACGUCACCAUCUCCAAUGACGCCGUUUCUGUGAUUGAUUUGCGGUGAUUUUAGGAGUUUUUUUUUCCCUUCUUCUGGCCCUCCUCACCCUCCAUCUCCGACGACGACACUCAGACUGUUUUAUCACAUCAUCACAUUUGUUUUAAGGACGCGUGUUCAAAUCGUUCUGCGGAUUAGAAGUGCUCUCUGAGGGAACAUGAAAAAAAAAUCGUUAUCACACAUGUGUCCACUUUGUUGUCUGCGUUCUGAAUGUGUUUGUGUUCUUCAAGUUUCCUUCUGACACAUUUAAGUGCCAAGGGCGACGAUGUGUCUGAUAUUGGUUGUUCAGAAUGCAGAUUUGAUAUUAUUAAUGGCAGUUGGAACUCAGGUGCAAAACACGUCAAACAAGCUUUUUUUUUAAAGGGUGUUGAUAGAAGCCUGUGAUCCUUGUAUGUCCUUGCUUCAGAGAGCCUGAAUGUAUAACUCCACUAACUUCCCCACUCCCGUUUUCUCCUCUCAAGAGUUGGUUUGCAACCCUCGUGUUGAGAUCAUUAUGAAGAAUUAUACCCCUCCAUGUGCAUAUGCAAAUAUUUUGCGUUGAUGAAAUGCCACGAGGAAAUAAAGUUAACUGUAUAUGA